AUGCAACCACCAUGUGCUCUUUGUAGCACAUUAUUACCAAUAUUGGAAAAAUACUCGUCAUUAGAAUUGAUCGAAGCAAUUGAUCUUCAAAAAGAUGAUAUUUGCACGUUUGUUUCAUUUGUUAGUAAUUGGCCCCAAACUCGAUGUGCAUGUUUAUGUCGUGAUGCAACAACAAUCGAACGUUUUUCGUCUCUUGUUGAGUGGCUACUUUUAUAUAUAAUCAAUCUAUUACAAACAUUUACAAUAACUGAUAAUCUAUCCGAUGAAGAUAUUCUCAAUCAAUCAACUGAAAUAGAUUCUUCAUCUCAAAUUUGCAGUAUAUUAACAACAACAGAUCAAGAACAACAACGUCAAUAUCGUCAAUGGACAUUAGAAGAAAAAGAACGUUUAUUAUUAUGUGUAGCUCGUUGUUUUACAUUAAAUUUACCAAUAUAUACAGCUGCACAUCGUAAUCCAUCAUUAGCACAUCAUGUUGCUUAUUAUCAAAUGCAACAUGCAUCAGCAGAUUUCAAAACAUUUUUAUCAUCAUAUUGUCAUUUAAAUUUAUCAUCAAAUAAUACAAAUGGAAAUAAUGAUUCUCAUCAUGUAUCACUCUAUUUAUAUAGACAUAUAUGUUCAUUUUGUGAAAAUCGUGGUUUAAUUGUUAUACGACAAGUAUUUGAAUCAGCUAAAAAUACUCGAAUGUUACCAUUAUCAAUAGCUCAUGCAUUAUUUGUUAUUUUAACAAAUUUACGUCAUCAUUUAAAUAUAGAUAUUAUCAAAAAUUUUCUUUUACCAAUUCGUCCACAUGCAAUACGUUAUAUGUGUUUAUUAUCUGAUAAUGAACUACGUUUAUGUGGACAAAAAAAUACAAAUGAUUUAUUAUAUGCAUCAUUAAAAGAUUUAUUUUUAACAACAACAUUUCGUCAACGUUCAACAUCAUCAACAAGUGUUUUAUCACCAUAUAAUAAUAAACAUCAUCAUACAAUACAAUUUCAACGUUAUCAUUUUGAUCGUUUAAUGUUAACAUUAGCAUUAAAAUAUUUAACAUGUUCAACAUUAACUAUACGUUUAACAGGUUUAUCACAUAUAACAAAUCAAAUUCAACAAUGUCUUGAUUAUACAUCAUAUCGUCGUCAUCAAUCUAUGGCAGCAGCAGCAGCCGCAGCUGCAGCCGCGUCUUGUUGUUCUCAUCCUAAUACAACAACACAAGAAAUAUUUACUGUUAGUGAAUCCGAUGGUGAAGAUGAUACAACACAAAAAUUAACAAAUGAUGCAUCAUCAUCAUCAGCUAGUUCAACAGAUGACAAUGAAGAAUAUUCAUCACAUAAUCAUCAUGAACGUAAAUUAUCCAAUUGGAUUAUUGAAAAUAAAAUAAUUGAUUAUUUAUUUGGUCCUAAUCUACAUACAGAAUUACUUAAACAAUGUUUAACAAUAUUAAUAUUUUUAGCAUCAAAUAAUCGUUUAACUGUUGAACAUAUUGAUUUAAUAUGGUCAUGUGUAUCAUUAACACAUUGUAGUCGACAUAUAUUAGAUUUAUUAAUGAAUUUAGGACAAAAAAAUUUAAAUAUACAUUUACUUAAUCAUUUAUUACAAUUAAUUGGUCGAAGUGAUCGUUCACAAUAUACUGAAUCAACAUUAACAUUAAUAAGUAUAUUAACAAAAUCUUAUUGGAGUCAAUUAAUUCGUUCAUCAAAUACAAUUAUACAAAAUAAAAAACAACAUGAAUUAGUUUUAAAACAAAAAUUUCAUCAGAGAAAUUCAUUGAAUAUGCAAAAUAUUCUUCGACAUCAAAAAACUUUAAAACGACAACAAUUAUCACCAUUGAAAAGAAUCGAUAGAAAUAAAAAUAUUGCCAUGAUUAGACAUCGAGCUCGAAUACAACAUAAAAAUACACCUCAUUUAAUUCGUCAAACAUCUCCUUCAUCUCCUCCGACGAUGUCUCGACCAAUAGCUGUUAAAAAACCACCAUUACAACAACAACAAUCUGGUAAAGUUAGUGCAGUUGAUGAAGAUUCAGUUGAAGAAGUAAUUAUUGUUGAAUCACCUCAACAACAACCUUUAACUGAACAAAAUGUUCUUAAAUUAAUGGCUAAUAAAUGUAAAGAAUUUCCUUCACAAAAUAUACUUAAAUCAAAUCCAUCAUCGGGAUAUGUUCUACGUCCAGAUAAAAAGAAUGAUGAUACAACAAAUGCAAAUGCUGCUACUGAUGAAUGGACUGAUGAUGAAGAUGAUGAAGAUGAAGAUGAAAAUAAUGAUGAACAGUUACGUAAUAAUCCUGCAGUUGCACGACGAACAACACCAUUCAAUCGAGCAGCUGAACCAACAUCAAGUAAUGAUGAUGAAGAUGAUGAUGAAUCAGAAAAUGAUACACAUUUAAUUCCUCGAGAAGUCUUAAUGAAAAAGACAAUUUAUUUUCAGCAACAUCGUCAACGUUUUCAACGUGGUACACCUGCUAAUAAUCAAGAAGAAUCAGAUGAUGAUGAAACAGUAACUAAUGUACAUUCAAAUUUAAGUCAGAUGUAUACACCUGAAGAUUUAUCUACACCAACAAAACGUCCAACAUCUGGUUCAGGUUUUAUAAUUAAUAAUUCAAAAACAAUUGUUCUUCCUGAUGAUCAAAUGGAUAUUGAUGAUGAUGAUGAAGAUGAUGAUCCAAAUGAAAUAUCUGAUGAAGAUCUUCGUGGUAUGGAUAUACCAUCUGUUGUACAACCAUCAUUAAAACAACAAUUAAAUCGUAAAGCAAAACAACAACAACAACAGCAACAGCAACAACAAAUUGAAAAAGAAAAUCGUCGACGUCAAGAUGAUGAAGAAAAUAAUACGGAUCAUGAAAUAAAUCCAUCAGAAAAACGAUAUCCAGAAAAGAUUUGUUCACCAGAAAGUGCUGAAGAUGCAUC